AUGGAUAAUACCCUUUUAUAAAGUGAGGUAUUUCGACUCUAAAAUUUGAAAAAUGUAAUCCGAGCAUUUCCUAACAAUAAUAAGUUACAACAAUUAUUAGUGGCUGAUGAUUAAGGAAAUUUAUAUCUGUUAGAAGCUAAUGGCGAUUAGUUUAAAAUAGAAAAUAAACAAUAAAUUUCUACAGGAAAAGAUAUAAAUUACUUAGAUUUAUUGAUAUCUCCAGCUACAUCUGAGAAAGAUAGAAUAAUAGUGACAAGUGGUAGUUAGGUUUUAGGAUUGACGAAAAAAUUAAGAGAAUACCUAAAGCAUGAUACAUAUAGCGCUGAUUUAAUUUAAUUUGCAAUGAUCGAAGGAAAUUAAUUGUUUACAGCUGGAGAAUAUAUGUUAAACGAAUAUACAUAUUAGAGUGACAAAGUGGGAUAACUUUGUUUUUUUCUAAGUCCUGGGAAAAUCAAUUGUUUACAAGUUCAUUAUUUAUCAAGUAAGGCUCAUCCUAUUUUGGGGUGCCAAGAUUCUUGUGUAAGGGUCUUAAAUUAAGAUUAAGUCUUGUAUGUAGUUACAAUGACUGCUCCUGUAAUUUGCAUGCAUGUUUAUGCUCCGUAAUACAAAGAAAUUUCUAGUUAAAACAGAAUUGAACAUAGAAGAUGCUUUGUGUUUGGAUUAGAAGAUGGCACAAUUGUUGCUGCUGAUCUUGGAAUAGAAAGAGCAAACAUUCUAUUUACUUUCAAAGUUACCAGCAUUGCCUCCAUUAAACCUUAUGAUUUCUUCAAAACAGGGAAAACUGAUUUAAUUAUUGCCAGAUAAGACGGUGUUGUGGAAGUGUAUUCAGAUGAUGAAUUGAGAGUUUAAAAAAAAAUAAAUGAAGGAAUAACUAGUAUAGAAUGCGGAUAAUUUUUUAAUUUAAAUGGUCCAACCGAAAUAAUCAUAUCAACAUUUUAAGGAAGAUUAUUAUUGUUAAGAGAAGGAUAAAGUAAUUCUAUUUAAAAAAAUUAAAAAGAUAUAGAACUUCAAAUUAAAUAAUUAAAGACAGAAAUUGCUGAACUAUAAAAAUAAUAAAUGAAGGAUAACUAAAAGACUGGUAAUGUUAGCAGAUAAAACAAUAACAACAAAGUUUAGGUAAAGUUUAAGGUUUCUCAUAAACUGAUUAAAAAUGAUAAGAAUGGAUCAUAUAAAUUAAUUAUAGAUUGUUAAUAUCCAAUUGAUAUAAUUGUAUUGAAUGGCCAAAAGAGUCAAAAAUGCUAUACAAUCAGGGAUCUUAAAGUCAGCAAUUAUGAAAUUUCUAUUACUUAAAGCGACAUCUACAAUAUUUUUGUCAUUCCAAUUGAUAUCAACUCUAGUUAAAGCUUUUCGAUAAAUGUCAAAUCUUUGGGGUAGUAUUAGUCAAUAAACUUGAUGAAUAUAAAGAAUAUACCUUUGAGUACAUUAACUCUAAAAGGUGAAUUCACAAAGUAAGAUAUGAUAAUGUGGGUGAAUGAUUUAACGGAUGUAAUCAAUUUGAUAAUAAUUAUAGUUACAAAAUUCAUAAGAAGACGCAUAAACUCAUUUAUUUAGAAAUUCUACUUUAGAUAGUUAUCUUUAAAUUAAAUUUAAGUAGGGUCAUGCUUUAUUUAAAAGUGAUUCAAUAUCUGCUAUUUAUACUUGUAGACAAUCAAUUAUGAAUAAAGCAAAUGAAAGAGGCAUUUAAGUGGAGGUCAAAUGGGAAUGUAAAAACGAAAGUUUAGUGUAAUAUUUAUAAAAAAUAAAAAAUUUAUACGAAGAUUAUAUAAAAAUUAAAAAGUAACUUAUUUGAGUUAAUUUAGAAAUUAUGAAAUUCUACCAGCAAUCAAAGAGCUCUUAGUCGAUAACUCUUUUUCAAUUUUAAGCAAAGAGUUUUAACAAAUUUAUUCUUCUGAAUAAGAGCUAUAAGAAAUUUACAAGGAGUUGCCAAACAAUAUUCAAUAUCUUGAAGAUUUAUUAAUUGACACAUAUACUUCAAAAUGCAAUUUAAAGUCUUAAUUUGAUAUGAAUAUUGAUAAUGUGAAAUCAUUGUGGAAAAGGGAUUUUUAAGAAUUAAUUUAAUAUAUUUUAAAAUGA